GAAUAGAUCCUCCCUAACUGUUCACUGGGUAUAUCUGACAAUUAUGGAGAUUGUGCUUUAGUCUGGCAAGAUUCUUUCUAUGGGUAAACAACAGUAAAGGGACUGCUCUGCAUAAAUCGUGUUGUACUGGUUCCUUACAUUUGUCAUUAAACGCCCUCUUCCUGCAUACCAAGGAUAUCAGGUUUAUUCCAGCAUUUGUGCACCAUAUUUCUCUGCAGGUAUGAUGGUUCAGAAACAUCAUCUCAACUUUAGCUUUUAGAAAUCACCAGCACCUUGCUUGACAACCCUGACCACUGCAAAGAAACAUCUUUGGAUCAUUCAAAACAGGUGAUUUCAGACAUCGAGCAAGAGAGAUGUCAGAUAACAUGCUUUCUGGCAGACCACUGUACAAAGGAGAAUGUGAAAAUAAAAUUGAACCAGAGACAGACCUGACUCGCUGGCGACUGAGCACAGUGGAAGGGCGACAGAAGUGGUAUUAUGUGCCCGAAAAUGAGGAAUGUGCCAGAGAACAGAAUGCACUUGAGGCAUAUAGUUUAGGGCUAAACACUAGUAAAUUUUUCCCAGAGUUGCCCAAAGCCAGCACAGCCCAGGAAGCAGUGCUGAAAGCAAUUAAGUUUUUUUCAGGUGUACAAGCUGAAGAUGGCCAUUGGCCUGCAGAAUGCUCUGGAGUACUCACCCUUACUCCAGGUCUUUUGAUUGCAUGCUAUGUUGCUAAGAUUUCCCUCCCAGAAGAGGUAAAGAAAGAAAUAGGGCGAUAUAUACGUUCAAGACAACUUCCAGAUGGCGGCUGGGGUCUCCAUCUCAGGGAGCAACAACCAACCAUCUUUGGCACAGCCCUCAACUAUAUAGCUAUGCGAAUCCUUGGAUAUGGACCUGAUCAUCCAGAUAUAGUGAGAGCUCGAAUUUGUCUCCAUAAAAAAGGUGGUGCUCUUGGAGCCCCACAUUUGGGAAAAGUCUGGCUGGCUAUUAUGAACGUGUACAGCUGGGAGGGAAUGAAUGCACCGUUUCCUGAAUUGUGGCUGUUACCUACCUGGGUGCCAGGCCAUCCCUCCACUUAUUGGUGCCAUGCCCGUCAUAUCUUGCUUGCGACGACCUACUGCCAGCUCAGCCGCCUGAGUGCAGAAGAAGAUGAACUGAUCAGGAGUCUCAGGCAGGAACUUUACGUGGAGGAUUAUUCAAGCAUUGAUUGGCCAGCCCAGAAGAAAUAUAUUUCUGAGGCUGAUUUACAGGCCCCACAUACAUUGGUCUUGGAUGUUCUUUUUGCCCUCUUCAAUUUGUACGACAGAUACCACCUCACCAGUCUCAGAAAGAAAGCCACAGCUGAGAUCUAUGAGCUAAUCAAGGCAGAUGAUAUAUUCUCAAACUCUACUAAUUCUAGCCCGAUUUGUAAACCUUUCCAUGUAUUGAUCUCAUGGCAUGUGGAUGGUCCCAAUUCUGCAGCCUUUCAAGAGCACGUCUCCAGAAUCUACGAUUACCUUUGGCUUGGAGAUGAGGGUAUAAUGAUGAAGGUGAUGGGAUCUCAAACCUGGGAUGCUACAUUUACAAUUCUGGGUUUUCUAGAGGCUGGUAUCCAAAAUGACCCUGAGUACCAUACUUGUCUGAAAAAAGCCCAUUCAUUUUUGAAAUGUUCUCAGAUUGUAGAUAAUCCACCCAACUACCAGAGAUACUAUCGUCAAAUGAACAAGGGAGGAUUCCCCUUCAGCAAUCGGGACAAUGACUGGAUCGUCAGCGACUGCACUGCUGAAGCACUGAAGGCAUUGAUGUUACUUGAAGAGCAAUGUCCUUUUAUAGACGAUCACAUAGCUCCACAGCGUCUCUUUGAUGCUGUCAAUAUGUUACUGAACAUGAGAAAUUCCGAUGGUGGAUUUUCCUCUUAUGAAACCAGACGUGGAAGCUGGCUACUAGAGAACAUAAACUGUGCAGAAACCUAUGCUGACUGUAUGGUAGAUCACACCUAUAUUGAAUGUACCUCAUCAGUAAUGCAAGGACUGAAAUAUUUCCAGAAGAGAUUCCCAGAUCACCGGAGAGAGGAAAUCAGUGAUACUAUCCAUAAGGCUUUGCAAUAUUGUCGUAAUACACAGAAAGCAGAUGGAUCCUGGGUAGGGAGAUGGGGUGUAUGUUUCACGUAUGGCACCUGGUUUGCACUGGAAGCAUUUGCGUGUUUAGGAUACUCCUACCAUAAUGGAGCGGCAUGCAAUGAGGUGACCAAGGGCUGUGCAUUCCUGGUUUCCAGGCAAAUGAAAGAUGGUGGCUGGGGAGAAGAAUUUGAAUCCUACAAGUUUCGCAAAUAUAUUCAACACACCAUUUCCCAGAUCCACCAAACUGCAUGGGCUCUGUUGGGGCUGAUGGCUGUUAGGUAUCCCGAUGUUCGUGUUCUAGAAAGGGGGAUCCAAGUUUUGAUUGACAAACAGAGAGCCAUUGGAGACUGGCCUCAGGGUGAUAUUGCUACUGGAUUCUACAAAGCUGGCACUCUCCAUUACUCAGCCUACCGCAACAUCUUUCCUAUCUUUGCAUUGGCUCGUUUUACCCACCUUUAUCCCAAUAGCCCUCUUGCCAGGCAACAUCUGAAGACUGGACCAAGACAUUCCACGGAGAUCCAGACAGUGAAGCACUGAAUAAGAUGAAACAACAUUCCAGGGAAAGUCAGCUUUGCCCUUUACGCCAUCAUAAGAUGCUUAGCUUUUAAUGUUUUUCCUGAAGUAUCAGCUAAGACGCUGAGUCUUAUAUGCCGGAAAUUACGGUAGUUUCCGGCGUAUAAGACGACUUGCUACGCAUGGAAAUCGGCUAGUCGGGGGGUCGUCUUAUACGCCGAGUCGUCCUAUAUGCCGGAAAAUACGGUACUGGGUUAGUAGACUGAAAUAUUCACAUUUUGCAAUUUUUUUUUGCAAGCGUCAUUUUCUCAUUGCCUUCAUGUCAAGUAACAAGGAGAGUCAAGGGACUCUGCCUUUUUUGUGGAAGCACCAGUACAAAAUACUUGUAUAGAAGUCGGUUUGGGCAGAUGGCUAAACCAGCCAACCUAGCUGCCUGUGAAUCUCUGCCUCCUUCUGUUUGCCACCCCAUAUUAAGGAGAGAGAUUGGUGGAGGUUUUCUGCUAGAGCUUUUGGAAAUGGGGGCAGACAAGAGGGUAAGAAGGCUGAGUCAUCCAUCCAUCAUUGUCCUUGAUGUGGUAUAAAUAAGGACAACACAAUUUUCUAAUAACCAGUUUGUAUUAGGGUAGGUAUUGCCAACGACAAGAGCAAAUUUCAUGGCCAUCGUUUCCUGCCAGCUC